UGCAACGUUCACUUUAAGGUUGCCAAUGGUUACGGCUUCCGUGUCGAUGAGGCGAAUUGACGUCAAUGGCAGUUUUGGAUUUGUUUCCUGUGGAGCUGAGAAACCCUUCGACAGUUGAAGACAAAUUAAUAACACGCUAAAAUUCUAGAUCAGAAGGUGUAAAGAGAGACAGGUCAGCAUGGCAUCCAGCAGUGAAGAGGAGAGGAGCCUGCGCGAAUGCGAGCUCUAUGUCCAAAAGCACAACAUCCAGCAGCUGCUGAAAGACUGCAUCGUGCAGCUGUGCACGGCCCAGCCCGAGAGGCCCAUGGCUUUCCUCCGAGACUACUUUGAGAGACUUGAAAAGGAGGAAGCCAAGCAGUUGAUUAACCAGCAGAAGGCAAGCUCACGUUCAGACUCGCGUGAAGAUGAGGUUUCUCCUCCCAUGAACCCGGUGGUAAAGGGCCGUUGUAGAAGAGGGGCGAUCAGCGCUGAGGUGUACACUGAGGAGGACGCUGCCUCUUAUGUUAGAAAGGUUAUUCCCAAAGACUACAAGACCAUGGCAGCGCUAGCUAAAGCUAUCGAAAAGAACGUGCUGUUCUCACACUUGGAUGACAAUGAAAGAAGUGAUAUAUUUGAUGCCAUGUUCUCAGUCACUUACAUCGCUGGAGAGACUGUUAUUCUGCAGGGGGAUGAAGGUGACAACUUCUACGUGAUCGACCAGGGCGAAAUGGACGUUUAUGUGAACAAUGAGUGGGCAACCAGCAUCGGCGAAGGUGGCAGUUUCGGUGAGUUGGCACUGAUCUACGGUACUCCACGCGCUGCUACUGUCCGAGCUAAGACCGACGUGAAGCUGUGGGGCAUCGACAGAGACAGCUACAGGAGAAUACUGAUGGGAAGUACCCUGAGGAAGAGGAAGAUGUACGAAGAGUUCCUCAGUAAAGUGUCCAUUCUCGAGUCACUGGAUAAAUGGGAGCGCCUGACGGUGGCUGACGCUCUGGAGCCGGUGCAGUUUGAGGACAGCCAGAAGAUCGUUGUACAGGGAGAACCGGGUGAUGAGUUCUUCAUCAUACUGGAGGGAUGUGCAGCAGUACUGCAGAGACGGUCCGAGAACGAGGAGUUUGUAGAAGUGGGUCGCUUGGGACCUUCAGACUACUUCGGUGAGAUUGCAUUGUUAAUGAACCGACCGCGUGCUGCCACCGUAGUGGCCCGGGGCCCUCUGAAGUGUGUCAAGCUGGACCGGCCACGUUUCGAGCGAGUGCUCGGGCCCUGCUCGGACAUCCUCAAACGCAACAUCCAGCAAUACAACAGCUUUGUGUCGCUGUCUGUCUGAACACAUACAAAGCUCUUUCCUAGCUGGGUUCCACUCCUGCAGUUGGCUUUCCUUUCCUUUUUCCUCUUGUUUUAUUGCUCGCCAGUAGAAUCUUACUUCAUCUGCACUCGAACGUUGCACUUGCUAUAAACAACAAAAUGGCAUGUGUUCUUUCUCAGCAUUGACCUACCAGUGAGCAGACAAUCAAAACUUACUGUAAAGAAAAUCCAGAGCCGCCGCUUUACCGGCCGCCGUUUUAACAUUGAACUAUUUAAAGACAAGUGAAGGAGUGAGAUUAUAUUAAAAAAAAAACAGAAAAGGAAAAAAAGGCUGCCCAACACACACAUUUUCUUUUUAGCUUGCUUUGCUGUAGCUGAAGUAACGUUCUAAGAAUAGUUUUGUAAGAUGCUAACUGAAUUAGCAGGUAUAUAAAUACAAAUACUUAUUGACAACAUGCUCCAUCACAUCCACACCCAGAAACUGUAUGCAUGCUACAGAAAGCUUCGCGUAUUUGCCCCCAAAUAAGUAACCAUCUCCUGAAGAUAUACACAUCAGUAAGAUGUAAUUUUAUCUAGCAACUUACCCCCUAACAUGAAGGAAGUUUACACGCUCACCGUCCACUUUUAUAGGAACACCCAUACUGGUGCUGAUGUAUUCUGAAUAGUUUAGUCAUGUGACAGCGAUGCCAUGCACAAAAUCUUUAGUUCACUUUCACACCAGACUUUCAGAUUGGGAGGAAUGUGUGAGCUCUGUGAUUUUAACUGUGAUGUGGUGGAUGGUGCCUGAUGAUGGGUUUUAGUGUUUUCAAAACAGAGUAUCUCCUGCGAUUUUCACACAGAGUGGUGCAGAAAACAAAAAUCAGCAUGAACAAAACGGUGAUUAGAUUAAAGCCUUAUUACAUGAGUCACUGUGUCCUUCCUGGCAGUUUGAACCAAUCUGUCCAUGUCCCUUUGGGCUCUCUUAUAAAACAGCAUGUUUCCAAACACCGAACCGUCCCUCAGAGGUACACUUGGAGGCUUUUGUGUGUGAACAUCAGCAGUUUCUGAAAUACACAAACCAGCCCAUCUGGCACCAACAAUCAUGCCACGGUUGAAGCCACAGAUCAAAAUUUUCCCGGAUCUGUCAUUUGACAUGAACAUUCAUUAAAUGAAGAUCGAGAUGAUUUUUAGUCGAGGUGCUGUUGCCACAUGGCCGAAUAGAUAUCUGCUCAAAUGAGCAGGUUUACCGGCGUUCCUAUUAAUGUGGAUGGAUUGUGUGUAUGUAGUGGUGUGUUUUUUUUUUUUCUUUUAAGCUACUCGCAUGUUGCAUAGUUUUGAGCCAUUACUCCACUAACCUCACGUUUAUCUCAAUCUCUGUUUCCCUUGCACCAAGGAUUUAUUUAAAUAAAAGUCAUCGUUUCAUCGGGGUUCAAGUCCCAGUGCCAAAAUUCAGGUCACAACAAGUCUUAUUUAAAAUAUUUCAGUCCUAAAACUAGCCAAGAAUAUUUCCACUUAUCUUAGAGAUUUGAAUAGACUGUAAAACUCCAGUAUUAGCGAUGCCAUUUACAGCGAGAUGUUCUUAAUUCCACUGCAUCUUAUUUUCUUUAGCAGCUUUGUGCCAUAUCGAUUAACAGUUGCUUGCUUUUUAUCCUGAACACAUGGUUUUGUGCAAUAUUUAUUUUUUUUUGUGGAUGUGUGUUUGCAAUGUAGAGAUAAAAAUAGCGCAAUUUCUACUCAUAAAAGCUGAAAAAGGAUAUGACGGCGUGCCAAACGGUUAAAACUGCGACAAUAGAAUUGCAAAUUUCUUUCAAAAAAAAAAAGAAAAAUAAUCUCAAACGCUGGAACACUUUCAGAAAUGGAGCUUGUGUAGAAAAACGAUAAUAACCAAAAAAACAAGUUUAAAAUAUGUUCCGUUUCUUUUGACUCACCCUUGUAUUCUCAGGAUUCCUGUUAUUAAAGUGCAUAAACACAACAUUCAGGCCAGUCCCCUUCAUCACUGUUACAGUUUAUUCCUUCACAUUCUAUAUUUAUUACAUAGUAUUUUAUCCUUUAAGGUACCCAGAGUUUCUUUAUGUUUAAAAACGUAUAUUAAUCUAUUCUCAUUGCUUUGCUUUUAUUACUAAAGACUCUUUGCUCUGUAUCUCACAAAUCCAGACCUCGAGCUGGUAUCAUGAACAGUGGACCAUAAGCUCUAUUUUUCUUUUAUUCUAAAUGUCACUUAUGCUUUGAUUUCUAAUGUCAUUGACGUAAUGAUUUUUUUUGGUAUAGCUUGUCACAAUGGCAGUUGAAGCAAUAAAAAGUUGCUGAGA